AUGUACUUCAACAGCAUCGCUACCGUGUUCGGCCUGGUUGCCAGCGCCAACGCUCACAUGCUCUUGGCAUACCCUCCUCCUUUCCCCGGUAACCAGAACGGUCCUCUCGGAGAUGGCAUCAACUUUCCCUGCCAGGGCAAGAUGACGGGUGGCACCCCUACCACCAUGUCCCUCGGAUCUACCCAGAAGCUCACCUUCCAGGGUGGUGCUACCCACGGUGGCGGCUCCUGCCAGGUCGCCCUGACCGACGAGACCGCUCCCACUGCCGCGACCAAGUUCCGCGUCAUCACCUCGAUUCAGGGCGGCUGCCCCCUCAGCAGCGCAGGCAACAAUGGCAACGAUGCCAGCGCCGCUCUCGACUCUGGUCUUCAGUUCAAGAUCCCCGACGACAUCCCCGCCGGCAAGUACAUCUUGUCCUGGACCUGGAUCAACCGCAUUGGCAACCGCGAGUUCUACAUGAACUGCGCCCCGGUCACGCUCACUGGAACCGGCGGUGACAAGUCCAACCUUGACAAGCUCCCGGAGAUCUUCGUCACCAACUCGCCUUCGUCCAACACCUGCCAGACUCCCGAGGGCUCCGACUACGCCUACCCCAACCCUGGUGCGGUUGUUUUCAACAAGGGCGACCCGUCAAGGCUCGUUAAGCUGUCCUGCCCUGCUAACACCCCUGGUGGUCAGCCUGGUACUCAGUCCGCUCCCAGCGGCGGCAGCCAAACCGAGAAGCCCGCUGGCAACGGAACUUCCACUGGUGAUGACAAGCCCACCACUUCCCCUCUCCCUGGCAACGGCAUCAAGGCUCCUGCCCCUGGCAACAAGACCUCCGACAAGUCUGCUGAGAAGCCUGCCGACAAGUCUGCCGAGAAGCCUGCCGCCUCUAGCCCCACCCCCACCCCUAAGGCUCCCGUGUCUGAGGCUCCUGCCGCUCCUUCUGCCACUCCUUCUGCCCCCUCUCCCUCGCCGGCCACUGGCAACAGCGGCUCGGGCAACAACGACGAAGCCAGCUCUGGCGGUGAUUGCACCCCCGGUCAGUUCAAGUGCGUUGGCGGCAACGCCUUCCAGCAGUGCACUGCCGGCCGUGUCUGGGCUGCUCAGAUGCAGAUGUCUACCGGAACCAGGUGCGACUCGGGUGCAGUCACCGCCUCUCUCUACAGCCUCACCAAGCGCGAGGUCAGCUUCCGCGCUUAA